UUUCGCGCUAAUCAGCAGCAGUUGCCGCCACCACCGGCGCCCAUUCCGCAACACUUUACCGGCGGGCUCAUUCAGCAGCAGCAAUCAGCAAAUUAUGCUGUCGCCAAUUCAGCUCUGGCGGCAGCGGCAGUUCCUUAUACCUAUCUCAACCCUUCAACUUCUUCUUCCUCUUCCUCCUCAUCUUUGGAGGAAGCUGUUGCUUCUUUUGCCGUUGGCAACAAUUCCUCUUUAGCAAUUCAGCUAGAGGCAGCUAAUUCAGCUAACAGUUCAAGUAUUAAAGACAGCAUCAGCAACACAACAACAGCUAAAUCAGCAGCAGCAGCUAUCAUGAAGAGCGUGGCAGCUCCAGCGGGCAGUAAUGUGCUGGUGAAUCGAGAUCUUCAGGCGAUGCCGUCGUCGGUGGUCGUCGGUGGACUAGUGGCAGCUUCUGUGGACACAGUUUCGGAAGUGGCAAACACUGUCGCUUCCUCUUCCUCUUCCUCCUCUUUUUCUGUGAUCGUCAACAGCAUUAGCAACAACGGCAGCAGCAGCAGCAGCAGCAGCAGUCAAGUGAACAAAACCAGCAACUCUUUAAACUUUUCCAGUAAGCCACCACCACCACCCCCUUGUCCGCUGAUACCGUCCAAAUUAGUGGGUCGACUGAAGGUGCUGCGUCACGCGCCGCCCAUGACCGAGCUUGAGGCGCAGCUGGCGGAUGUUCAGGUGGGCGGGCGGUACCGCCCAGCGGACUGUACGCCCCAGUACAAGGUGGCCAUCAUUGUGCCCUAUCGAGACCGAGAUGAACACCUGCGCACCUUUCUCUUCAACAUUCAUCCGAUGUUGAUGCGCCAGAACAUCGAGUACGGCAUCUUCAUUGUGGAACAGUCUGGCAGUGAUCGCUUCAACCGUGCCAAGCUGAUGAACGUCGGUUUCCUAGAGGCACGCAAUCACCUUGACUACGACUGUUUUAUUUUCCACGACGUUGAUCUCAUUCCCGAGGAUGACCGUAACCUGUACACCUGUCCAGAGCAGCCGAGGCACAUGUCAGUGGCUAUUGAUAAGUUUAGAUACCGUCUACCCUACAAGGAUCUGUUUGGCGGCGUCAGUGCCCUAACUCGAGAACAGUUUGAAACGGUAAACGGCUUUUCGAAUGAGUUCUGGGGCUGGGGCGGCGAGGAUGAUGACAUGUCAAACCGCGUCCGUCAUCACAAGUUUAAGAUUACUCGCUACAAGCCGGAGAUUGCUCGGUACACCAUGCUGAAGCACCAACAGGAUGCGCCCAGCGCUGAAAGAUACAAGAAGUUGUACAACGGAUGGCGGCGCUACGAUUCUGAUGGCAUCAACAGCACCAAGUACCAGGUGCUAGACACCUCCUUUAAGAAGCUGUACACCUGGAUUCUGGUGGACAUUUUUCCGCCGCCAAUGGCAAAGAAAAAGGAAGAGCCGAAGCGUUCCAAGCAGAUGGCUAAUUAA